CCCUCCCUCACUCUUUCAAACCAAAACGAAAAGCCCCACUCUUCACUCACGUAAACCCUAAUUCUUACAGAUUCCAUCUCUCAGUACCCGAAAACCAAAACCUUGAAAAAGAGGCUUACAACUUCCAAGAGGGCUCCUGUAAAGAGCCAGACUUUUCAGACCAGAACUGUUGAUACUUUUUAAACUAAUGCAAGCAGUAUUUGGAUAUAUAAAGACAUUUUGCUGAAGAAACUGUAGAUUGCAAAAAUGUCGAUGUCAAAGAGUUCGAAGAUGCUCCAAUAUAUCAACUACCGGAUGCGUGUGACCAUCCAAGAUGGCCGGCAGCUGGUAGGGAAAUUCAUGGCCUUUGAUCGCCACAUGAACCUUGUACUUGGUGAUUGUGAGGAGUUCCGUAAGCUCCCACCAGCAAAGGGCAAGAAGAAUAAUGAGGAGCGUGAGGACCGCCGUACUCUUGGCCUUGUUCUCCUUCGUGGUGAAGAGGUCAUCUCUAUGACUGUUGAGGGCCCUCCUCCUCCUGAAGAGUCUCGUGCCAAGGCUGUCUCUGCUGCAGCUGUUGCUGGUCCCGGUCUUGGUCGUGCUGCUGGCCGCGGAAUUCCUACUGCUCCUCUUGUUCAGGCGCAGCCUGGCCUAGCAGGUCCUGUCCGUGGUGUUGGUGGGCCUUCCCCUGGCAUGAUGCAGCCACAACUCUCUCGUCCUCAACUUUCUGCUCCGCCCAUGACCUACCCUGCAGGAAGUGGUCUGCCAACUGGUGGUGCACCUAUUGUCCGGCCACCUGGUCAGAUGCCUCCUAUGCCAUAUCCUGGCCAGGGUCCACCAAUGGGCCGGGGUCCACCUCCACCAGGUCCACCUCAAUUUGCUGCUAGGCCCCCACAGGGUUUCCCGAUGCCACCACAGUUUGCCCAGAGACCAAUGGGAGGGCCACCACAGCCACAGGUACAAAUGAUGAGAGGACCACCUGCUCCACCAAGACCUGGAAUGUCAGCACCACCUCCACCCCGUCCUGGGAUGCCACUUCCACCUGGUGGUCAUGUUCCUGUUUUUGGACCCCCUCGUCCGGGUAUGCCACCUCCUCCCAAUUCCCAACAGCAGCAGAAUCAGCAGCAAUAGUGAUUAGGUCGUAUGUGCCUUGAACGUUUUCAGAUGGAAUUUGUAGAAGAAGGUUAUUUCAAGUGCUGUCGUGAAGGUUUCUUGUUGAUUUUGUCUGAACUCAUUUCAACUUUGCAAGUGACUUCAAUUACUGUGUAUCUCUCUUAUAUUCUAGUGUAGGAUUUGGUCGAUGUUAUAUCACAAUAUGUUAUUCUAGCAGAGUAUCCACUACCAAGAGGAAAAGUUAUAUUAGCAAAUCUGAUCAUUAGACGAAACAAACUUGGCGCAGUGCAGGCCUUCAACUAAGUUAUAAUGUUUGCGAUUUUGGGUGCAUGAUGCAUGUGCUCAAGCUACAUGAAGCUGAUCGCCUGAUGUCCAUUGAAAAAAAGAUGCUGUGGAAAUGUGGCAUUGACAAUUUCUUGCCUAGAGUAAAUUGAGACUUGAAGUGAUA